AUGCCAAUUUUUGAUUGUGUCGAAUUUUAUAAACUGGAUUGUGAAUUGUUCUGGAAUUUUACUUAUAGCUGUAAACCAUUUAAGGAACUAUAUUUAUUUGUUUAUUUAUUUAGGUUUGUGUGCUCUCUUAAUUCAUAUAAUAUCAAUGGAAUUUUACUAGAAAGAUUUUUCUUAAAUAAAUUAAUCAAAACCUACUCUAUACUAGUAUCAUAUAAUAAUGUAAUGAGACGGAUAACAAAGUAUUUAACUUUGAUUUAUAUCAUAAUUCUGAAAUAUAGUCGUGCCAUAUUGUUGAGAGGUAAUUGUAAAGUUGGAAGGAUAUCACUUUUUGUUUGUGUUGAAUUUUAUAAACUGGAUUAUGAAUUGUUCCUGAAUUGUACUUAUAGCCGUAAACCAUUUAAGGAAUUAUAUUUAUUUGUUUAUUUAUUUUGGUUUGUGUGCUCUCUUAAUUCAUAUAACAUCAAUGGAAUUUUCCUAGAUAGAUUUUUCUUAAAUAAAUUAAUCAAAAAAUACUUUAGUCAAGUGUUUUAUAAUAGUGUAAUGCGACGUGUAAAAAAUUAUUUAACUUUGAUUUAUAUCAUAACUUUGAAAUAUAGUCGUGAUAUAUUGUUGAGAGGUAAUUGGAAUGUUGAGAAGAUAUUAUUUGUAUUACUAAAUGUCAUUAACGUGUUUUUGCAUUAUGUCUUUGAUUGUGUGAAAUCUCAUAAACAAGAUUAUGAAUUAUUCUGGAAAUGUACUAGUGGCUGUGAGUUGUGCUACAGGGGUGAAGGCAGAGCUUUGAUACUAUCAUCGCCUAGACUUUUCUGUACCAUACACAUUGGGGUACUGAAAAAUAUUUAUUUCUAUAAACAGUAUCAUUAUAUUGCAGCAUUUCAUUACAACAUUUACUUACACAUGCCAAUGUUAUACUGUCGGAAGACAGAAUAUACUAUAUGUUGGAAGAAUUACCAUCACUUCCUCUAA